AUGUCUACCGAUCUCGACCGCGUGCAACAACGCGAGCUUGCCGAGGAGGUUGAAGCCAUAAAUGCGAUUUACGACGCGAAUACAAUAGAAAUCAACACUAUCAGCCACGCUUCCUCAACGGACAAUGGACCACGCACGCUAGAUCUAGGAGGAGCAGCCAAUAGUACCGACGUCGAUAGAGCUAUUACGACUACGAUACGACUGCAUAUCCCGAACCAUCCCCACCUGUCCUUUGUGCUUGGCUUUGACGAGAAGUACCCAGAUACCCCGCCUAGAGUGAUAGGUACAGCAUCGACUUCAUCGCGUGGUGAAGGUAGUUUAGCUGUGGAUGUAUUACGAGAUAUCAUCAGUCGAUCCCAUCAACCGGGGCAGGUGUGCUUGUUCGAAGUCAUUAGUGAGGCAAGCGAAAAAUUCGAGGAACUCAGCAUCGGCGGGUCAGCUACAAACAAUGGAGAUGCGUUAGGAGAAGAAACAAAUGGAAACCAAAAUAGAGGCAAUAAUAUCGACGAUCAGAUCGCUCGAACUGGGGAAGCUUUUGCGACGGUUUCCUUGCGCGACGCUUUUGGCAUUGAUAACCCCCCGGAAUGGAUAUUGUCGGAUAUAGUGACUGAGAAGAAAUCUGUUUUCGUUGGACGAGCCGUGUCUGUCACAUGCAGAGACCAAGCGAAAGCAUAUCUGGAUUACCUUUUGGCAACGGACAAAAAAGUCGCGACGGCAACGCAUAAUAUCAGUGCAUGGCGUAUCCGGGAAAGAAGAGAUGGCACCACCGAAUCGACCUUUCAAGACUGCGAUGACGAUGGGGAGACCGCUGCCGGCGGACGACUGCUGCGUCUCAUGCAGCUGAUGGAUGUCUGGGAUGUGCUGGUGGUGGUCACCAGAUGGUACGGGGGCAUCUUAUUGGGACCAGAUCGAUUCCGAAUCAUCAACAACGUCGGCAAAGAUGCGCUCGUGAAAGGAGGGUUUCAGAAAGACACCCCCAGUGCCAAGGACAAAGGUAAGAAGAAAGGCAAGAGGUGA